GGGGUGGCGGGCGGAGAGAGACCAGGGGGAAGCUGGAGAGAUCCAAGGGCUUGCCUCCCCGCCCCCUCCCCUAGGUGGCAGAAGGAGCAGUCGGGCUGCUAGGGCGCAGCUCCUCCCCAGGCGCUCACUCUGCUGUCGGGAAGCUGCGGGGACUGUGGCCCCCGAGGAGGAGCCUCCCCCCUGCGCGGGGCAGCGCUGCCCCCACCCGGGGGAGAGCUGCCCUCUCUCCGCGACCCGGCCGCGUGGCUUGCGGCUUAUUUUCCCAGCUGGCAAGCGUUGCGCUGCAGACAAGGGAAUGCCUGUGAUCCUGUGUGUUCCGGAGCUCGGGUACCCUCACAUCCCGGCAAGCCGCCUCCAGGAGCGAAAGGGUUAAGAAUGAUGAGGAAGAAGAGGAAGCGAGGCCUGUCCCCCGGCCCAUGCCGCUGCCACGGCUCCACACCCGCCACGGCGCCCGCGCCGCCGCCCUCGCCGGAGCCCACGAGACCUGCAUGGACGGGCAUGGGCUUGAGAGCAGCAGCACCUUCCUGCGCCGCCGCCGCCGCCGCUGCCGCCGGGGGGGAGCCGCGCCCCCGCCUCUGCCCGCCGCCGCCGGCGCUGCUGCUGCUGCUGCUCAGCCUCGGGCUGCUCCACGCAGGUGACUGUCAACAGCCAGCCCAGUGUCGAAUCCAGAAAUGUACUACAGACUUUGUGUCCCUGACUUCACACCUGAACUCUGCCAUUGACGGCUUUGAUUCUGAGUUUUGCAAAGCUCUACGCGCCUAUGCUGGCUGCACCCAGAGAACUUCAAAAGCCUGCCGUGGCAACCUGGUAUACCAUUCUGCUGUGUUGGGUAUCAGUGAUCUCAUGAGCCAGAGGAACUGUUCUAAGGAUGGACCCACAUCCUCUACCAACCCUGAAGUGACCCAUGAUCCUUGUAGCUAUCACAGCCACGCGGGAGCCAGAGAAUACCGGGGAGGGGACCACAACCCUCCCAAUUACCUUUUUUGUGGUUUGUUUGGAGAUCCUCACCUUAGAACUUUCAAGGAUCACUUCCAGACGUGCAAAGUGGAAGGAGCCUGGCCACUCAUAGAUAAUAACUAUCUUUCGGUUCAAGUGACGAAUGUGCCAGUUGUCCCUGGAUCCAGUGCUACUGCUACAAAUAAGAUCACCAUCAUCUUCAAAGCCCACCGUGAGUGUACAGAUCAAAAAGUAUACCAAGCUGUGACAGAUGACCUCCCAGCUGCCUUUGUGGACGGCAGUACCAGUGGUGGGGACGGAGAUACCAAGAGCCUCCGUAUUGUGGAGAAGGAGAGUGGCCGUUAUGUGGAGAUGCAUGCCCGCUAUAUAGGGACCACAGUAUUUGUGCGGCAGCUGGGUCACUACCUGACCCUUGCCAUCCGAAUGCCUGAAGAUCUGGCCAUGUCCUACGAGGAAAGCCAGGACCUGCAGCUGUGUGUGAAUGGUUGCCCCCUGAGUGAGCGCAUCGACGAGGGACAGGGGCAGGUGUCUGCCAUCCUGGGGCACACACUGCCUCGCACCUCCCUGACGCAGGCCUGGCAUGGCUACACACUCGAGACUGCCAAUGCUCAGUGCCAUGAGAAGAUGCCAGUGAAGGACAUCUACUUCCAGUCCUGUGUCUUUGACCUGCUCACCACUGGUGAUGUCAAUUUUACUGCUGCGGCCCACAGUGCCUUGGAGGACGUGGAGGCACUGCACCCGAGGAAGGAACGCUGGCACAUUUUCCCCAACAGUGGUCAAGGGACGCUCCAUGGAGGGGACCGUAUGUCUUUCAGUCUGGGACUCACAUGCUUGAUCUUUGUUGUGUUUUUGUAGGGGUUGUCUUUUGUUCUCUUUUUAUUUUUUUUAUUAUUAUUUUUUGUCUAUAACAAAUUUUUAAAAUAUAUAUUGUCAUAAUAUAUUGAGUCAAAGAGUAUAUAUGUAUAUACCAUGUAUAUGACAGGAUGUUUUUCCUGGGGUGACACCCACCAGGUUGUACAUACUGUGCUUGACUGUUUUCACGUAUGUUGGAUGUAGUGUUCUUUGAUUGUAUUGAUUUUGUUUUGCAGUUUUGUGAAAUGUUUUAUAAUGUCCCUGCUCAGGGACCUGUUAGAAAGCACUUUAUUUUUUAUAUAUUAAAUAUUUAUGUGUGUACCUGGUUAGUAUAUAUAGUACAUAUACACAGACACCAUAACACAGCAUUCCCUUCGAAGAUGACCAUCGAAGUUUCUAACUAUUCUUGGCUGUUUCCGCCUACCGUUUUCAUUGGCUACUGAUUUAUUCCCUCCUAUUGGAGCUGCUUUGUCCUCGGCCCUCUUCCUCCACCCUUACUGAAUUUGAAAGGCUACUUAACUCCUCUACUGUGCACACAUGUUGAGUUCUGCUAGACACUGAUCUGGGAAACCUUCUUCCUCUUUAUUUGAUAGCUGCCACUUUCACCGAGGGUGGGGAGAAUAGUACUAUGUGAUUCACAUUAACUAAUAAUUGUUGUAUUUGAGCACUUAGAAUAAGUUAGGUUGAACCAUAUGAAACUGCUGUUUUGUUUUGUUUUUUAAAUAGGUCAAAGCAGGCUUAUGGUGGCAAUUUCAUGUACAAAUCCAAGCAUUUUUGCAAGACCCAACUAGCUCUCAGACUUUUUCUCAUCUUAUGCUCCUAUUUUAAUAAUACUCUCCCCCCCCUUUUUUUAGACCAAUUCUGCAAUGAACAAACAUGAAAACAUAAAUUAUCCCUGUUGUUUUUCUUUUUCUUUUUUCUUUUAAUUUCUGCAGGCCCGCCUUCAUAGCCAUCUCUUCCUCGAUCAUAUGAGCCCUGAAACGCCAACUCUUUCCCCAGUAGCCCCUCCUUAAUCUCACUUUAUAUAGCCAGGGACUUGAGUUUUUAGGUUCUUUUAUUAAUAUUGAGGCCCAGAUUCCAUCACAAAGUGUUCCAUCCUCCAGCCUCUCCCCCCUCACCAUUGUCUUCACAGCCUUUGACAUAUUUGUAUGCCAGGCUAGCAGUGACAAGAAAUCUUCCUUGACUGAGCUGGUGCCUAUUAAUCCAGAUGUUCUCUGAGUAGAAGGGUCUCUCUUUUUAAUCAGAUAUAUCCCCUCCGCCCAGCAAACAUGGGCAUAGAUAUUACCUAAUUGCCCAUGUAUCCUGUUGAAAUCCCUACAAAGUAAAAUAUUUUCCUUUCUCCUAUGACUCCAUCAUUAACCUAUACUUGUAAAAGGAAAGAUGCUUAGGGCAAGAGCAAUCACUUGGGAGUUGGGCAAUAGUGCAGCAGGUGGCGCAAAGUGCAAAGACCGGCAUUAAGGAUCCCGGUUCGAGCCCCCGGCUCCCCACCUUCAGGGGAGUUGCUUCACAGGAGGUGAAGCAGGUCUGCAGAUGUCUCUCUCCAUUUCUCUCUGUCCUAUCCAACAACAAUGAAAUCAACAAUAAAACAAGGGCAACAAAAGGGGAUAAAUAUUUUUUUUAAAAAAAUUAAUCACUGUGAAAGUGAGACCUGGUAUUAGUGUUAUUACAUAGUUAUGUCUAACAUGUACCUUUGGUUCUGAGAAAUGGCAUAAUUUGUAUUUGACGUUAAGUUUUCGUAAAUGCAAACAAAAGAUAGUGAACUUAGAUACCUUAGUAAAAAGAAUGAACCUAAAUACCAUUAGUGAUCUAGAUCAAGACUGUGCUUAGUUUUAGUUGGCUAUACCCCAUUGGUUAGUUGGCACUGCCAGAGCCCCGAACUGCCUGGAAAGAGGACAUCAUCUUUCUGACUGUCUUAGGUCAUCUAGUCAGGCUGCAGCUGUGGACUCAUCUUGCAGUAACAGACUGCUCCAGCUUCUGCAUGUGAGAGGAUUAAUCUAGUGAAAAUAGGGAACUACUGAAGACAUUCUUUUUAACAGAGAUGCGAUGCCAGAGUUGAAAUUUAAAUGUCAUCCUUUUAUAGAAACUGAACUAAGAGCCUCUCUCCCGUCAGCUCCAAACUGGCUGCUUUUGUUCACCUACAGAACCAUGUAGCAGCUUUAGAAGCUGCAAUUUGCUAGUGAUUUUCUAUUAUCACUGAGUAGAACAGAGGUGGGUAAUAGAACAUGUCUAACCACUUUUUGUGCAAACAGUAUAAAAGGGAAUUAAAAAAAAAUUUUUUUUUUUUGCUGCAGUUUUGGGGCUUAGAAUGUAUACUAUUCAACACCACUGUCCUUUCCAAGGUAGAUAAAAGCAAAUCACCUUCUAAUGGAAAAAGAAACUUGGGUGGUGGUGUCAUAUUGUUGAGUUGUAAAGGGUGUAUAAAAACAUCAUAAAACCAGUGCUACUGUCAAUAGUACCUUUAGAUUCUUCUGUUAUGUCCCUAUACAACAUGGACAAUCUGCACUGGCAGGUGUUUUAGAAAUGCAAGUGUUGGGGCCAGGUGGUGGCGCACCUGGUUAAGCGCACAUAUUAUAAUGUGCAAGGACCGGGGUUCGAGUCCCUGGUCCCCACCUGCAGGGGGAAAGCUUCAUGAGUGGUGAAGUAGGGCUGCAGGUGUCUCUCUGUCUCUCUAUCAUUCCCUUCCCUCUUGAUUUCUGGCUGUCUCUAUCCAAUAAAUAAAGAUAAUUAAAAAAAAAAAAAAAAAGAAAGAAAUGCAAGUGUUUCUUUAGAAAAAGGCCAGGUUUAUUUUUCUCCUGUUUCCUCUCUAGGAUUUCUAGAGAAAAAUGCUACUUGGACAUGUUGGUUCUAGAAAUCCUUCUUAAAAGGGUUUGGGGAUCAUACCAACACAUGAAUUGGCUGUAGCUGUUCAGAGUCUCCUGAGGGAGAUUAAAACUUGGGGGUAAACACUGGUUUUCACAGAUGCUUCCCAUGGCUGUUGUUAAAAAGAUUCAAAACGAUUUUUUGUCCUCUUUGUGAUGCUUAAGUCCCCACCCCCAGUGUGUUGAAGCUUUGCAAAGAAAAAUUUAGAUGUGAUUCAUAGAUAUAUAAGUAUCUGUGUAAAAAACAGUGAGUGCAGUGUGUAAAUACUUUAAAUUAUGCUAGAAAAAUAAAGUUACAUACCAUGCUGUGGAA